GAAAAAAGAAUAGAUUCUUCCAAGUACAAUCUAUAUGGUGGUCGGUUGUUUGCCUUGGCUUCAGCAAUAGUGUGGAACUCUCUCACACAGUCAUUAAGAGACUGGCAAUCAGUUGAAACUUUUAAACGGAAACUUAAAGAACAUUUAUUUUUACGGGCUUACAUGGAAAAUUGAAUUUUCAUUGUUGUUGUACUUUUUGUAAAUAAUAUUUUAUUUUCAUAGACAUAGUUAGGUAAUAUAUAGUUUUUAAUCAUAAUUCCCUUCCGUGAAGCGUUCUUGGACCACUAGGAAAAGACGCUAUAUAAAUGUAUUAUUAUUAUUAUUAUUAUUAUUAUUAUUAUUGUUGUUGUUGUUAUUAUUAUAGUCCUGCGAUAACAAAAAGACAUAGAAACAAAUAGGUUAGUAAGGCCUUGAUGUUUGCGAUGCAUGAACAAAACUUGUUAAGUUCGUGGAAUCAUCUUUUUCUUGGUAAAUAAUAAAUGUGCAUAUUGACUUCCUGCUUCAGUUCUACGUUGGGCAAGAGGAGCUGAAGAAGUUUUGUGAGAUUGGGUUGAUGUUAAUCAUCAUCUUGGGUCGGUGGAUGCUUCCUCGUGGUGCAAUAACACGCGACCAGCUGUCGAUCCUUCUUCUUGAAUACGUGGCCAUUGCAGCCGAUAUUUUAGAGUUGUUCGAGGCUUUUGAAGAUGAUCAGGUAGCCCGCAAUAAGGAUAUAACAUUGGCUACCCUGGGAGUGUUUUCAUGGAGUCUUUUUCAAUUCACUUUGGUGACUACGUCAAUGGGGAUGAACAUUGAAGAUCAAGAAGAAGAAAAUCUACCACAAAAUGGAAACUAUUUAUGGGUUGAAGAUGGUUUGAACAGAAGAUAUCUCCGAAAAGCUUCUGAGGCUAGGAAACACGAAAGAAAAAAACAACGUAGACAAUUGUAUCAAUUGUACAAUGAAGACGAAGAAAUGAGAAAACUUGAACUCCAAGGAGACCGAUAUGGUAUCAUAGCGGCCAUGUUUAUGCAAGAUGGCCCUUUCCUAAUCCUUCGACUUUAUCUUGUCUUCAAAUACGACUUCCUAAUAGACUCCAAAUUUUUGUUUUACAUCGGCAAGAAUUUAAUUUCCCUUGUUUUGAUGAUAUAUCGUCUUUACGUAAUUCACUUUCAUAGUAAAGAGGAGGAAUUCGCCUUGCCAACAAAACGAUCAUUUCGAAACCUUUCCUCUAUGCUGAUAGGAGCUCAGAGGUUCAAGUCAAGAAAAUCAAACCCAAGGAAACAAAGCCAGCCAAGCAAGUAAAAGACUUGAGCAGGCUGCAAUGGAUUUAGAGUGUUUCAACAAUACUUGCGUGUUAAAGUGGUGAAAAUCUGCUUAAGUUGUCGAAAAGGGCCACUUUCUAACAGUCAGUGACCCUCACCCGUACGAUCACAUUACAAUGCCACGCAAUCAAAUAAUUCUUCUCUCUAUUUGUUGUAAUCUACUUCUCUUGGCUUGAAGUCAAUUGCAUUUUAUGUGAAAUGGCUGAAUAUAAGAAAACAGUUUUAUCUAAAUUUCAAAUUUUGUUGAAAUAAACACAUUUUUUCCUUUAA